UGUUUUAUUCAGCUUCUGGAAGGUUAUCAGCCAGCAACAUCGCCUUCCCCAGAAAGUGGCUGCCGAGCGUGUCGUCGAUAUUCACAACCGGAAAAGCUUAGCAAACCAGUUUCCUAGCGUCCCGUUGCUCGGCUGGAAAAGGUUUAGUGUUAUGAACAUCCAGACAGGGCACGGUGUUGAGCCGGAGACUUUGUGGAUAACGAUCACAGGUCCGACGGGGAUGGGGGUGGGUGACAGGUAGUAUGAUACAACUACGAGCUUGCUUCUUCGCUUCGGCCCCGGCUUCACUCUAACCACCAUUGCCCAUCGAUAAUGGCUGGCAAGAUCACCACAAACAGUCUCCCAGAGUCUUUCUACACUCCCUUUUUGUCCGAUGUCGCUAAGUCUCGGCCGCCUAGCACCAUCCUCAGCCUAUUCCCGCUCGAGAAUCGCCCCGGGUUGAUCUCCCUUCUCGCGGGCAGACCCAACCCGUACUCCUUCCCGUUCACCGCGCUCAACUUCAGCGCGAGUGCUCCGGGAGGCGACAGCGAGGCGCCGCUGCAGCUAUCACUGGUCGGAGACGAACUGGCCGGCGCCCUGCAAUACGGACCGCCGAUCGGAAUGCCUGCGCUGAUGGCGUGGUUCGCAGAGCUGCAGGAACAAGUGCAUGGUCGGACGUUCGGGACCGAGGGCUGGGAGAUGCACGUGGGCACUGGAUCCCAGGAUCUGUUGACCAAGGCAAUCACUGCUCUUGUGAAUCCUGGAGACUCGGUCCUCGUGCAGUCGCCGAUCUACCCCGGUGUCAUCCCCCUGUUUUAUGGUUUGCACUGUGAGCAAGUCGAGGUUGACGGGGACGCAGAUGGGAUUUCCAGCGACUCCCUUCGCUCGAUAUUGGAGUCUUGGCCCGCAGAAAAGCCUAAACCGCGGGUUCUGUACACUAUUCCGUACGGAGGCAAUCCCGAUGGAUCAACUGCCACACUGGAGCGUCGGCGAGAGGUUCUCAAAUUAGCCGAAGAGCACAACUUUCUGAUCAUGGAAGAUGAUCCGUACUACUUCCUAUUCUACGGCAAGGACCGAACGCCGUCGUAUUUUGCACUCGAAAAGACUGAGUUGAAAUCCGUCGGCCGUGUCCUGCGCUUCGAUUCGCUCUCCAAGAUCCUCUCCGCAGGGAUGCGCCUCGGAUUCGUCUGCGCGCCUGCGCCGAUAUUGCGGGCCAUCGAGGGGAACACAUCCGCCUCCAACCUGCAGACGGCAUCACUCACCCAAGUCAUCGCGGCGAAACUGCUCAGGGCGUGGGGCAUCGACGGAUUCAUGACGCAUACAGUCCGAAUAUCCGACUUCUACCGCGAAAAGCGCGACAUUUUCCAAGCUGCGAUGGUCAAACAUCUGGGUGGGCUGGCCGAGUGGACCGCGCCCGAAGCCGGAUUGUUCUUCUGGUUCAAACUGAACUUCAAUGAAGAUUCUGCCGAGCUGAUUCGUACGAAGGCGGUUGAGCAGGGUGUUCUCGCGCUCCCGGGGACUGCAUUCCAUCCCAACGGCCGGAAAUCAGCGUACGUGCGCGCUGCAUUUAGUCUGCUUCCAGCAGAGCAAGUCGACGAGGCCUUGAGAAGAUUGCGCGAGACGAUUCUCGACGGUAAACAGUAGAAGUAGCGAAUAAAUUAGUUGCGCGUGUGGGUUAGAUUAUUGGAGGUAGGCACAGAAAGAGAGUGCAAGAAGACCAGAGCCUGCGGUGAAAAAAAAAGACCCUUUGGAGCUGCUCUGGGAUGUAGCUGCUGCAUUUCGACCUGGCUAGAGUUAAUCCUCCAGUAGGGCGUGGUAUACUUCG